CUUUGAUUCCGUGGCAGUGGCUGAGACAUCCCUGUUAUACCGGCCACCGCUAACCCGCGUAACUAAGAGACUCGGUCAUUCUCACGAACAACCGCUCAUGGUAAAGAAAAGGCGAAUUUCCCUGGAGGACAUCAGGUCGUUGUCACGUCUCUGCAGCCCUAACGCCAAGAACACGUCUGGCCACGGCGAAUUUCUGUAAGAAAACGAGCUCAGUGGUGGAUGACAACAAAGUCCGAACAUGCACAAGAUGCGAGAAAGCUGCCAGUCAAAGUCCGUCAGUGAGAGCUCGACGCGUAAAGGAGCACCUGCGAUGAAGACACCCGCAAGAAGCUCCACUCGGUAAGAAGUGGAAGAGUGACGCUGAGAGGGAAGAGACAGAAGAGAGUGGAGGCCAACGGACAAACACCAGCGCGUCCUCAAAUGAUGGGGAUAAAGCACCUUCUGCUUCUUUUGAUUUACUUAGACCCACUGAAUGUCCUGUGCGCCGCCACCGCCAACAAGAAGAGCAGAACCCCGCCGAGGAGGCCCCCAAAGGUGAAGGAGGUCAACGGCAGCACCACAGCGGUCCCGGCGGCCGCUGCCGUCCCGGGGAAGAUCACGCAGCUCCAGGCCCCCUCGGUCGUCCAGCACGACACCUGCCUGGGCUACUACGACGUGAGCGGGCAGUACGACAAAGAGUUCGCCUGCAACAACACAGACCACCGCUUCUGCUGCGGCAGCUGCUUCCUGCGCUUCUGCUGCGCGGACCGGGGGAAGCGGCUGGAGCAGAGGAGCUGCACCAACUACAACACCCCGGACUGGAUCAAAACCCAGCCCCCGUCUCCGGCGCCCACGGGUGACACGUACGACCCGGAGCUGGACCAGACCAACACUACGGUGUACAUCACCUGCGGGGUCAUAGCGCUCAUCAUUGCCAUUGGGAUUUCUGCAAAAGUUGCCUAUGAUAAAGCCACCAAGCCUCCUCAGGAAAUGAAUGUGCACAGAGCCCUGGCAGACAUUCUGAGGCAACAAGGACCAGUUCCAAUAUCUCAGUAUGAACAUGAAAACAUUGCAGCAUUUGACGGGUCACCCAAAGACGAAACACCAGUCAGGACUUUGAAGAAUCAUUACACACCUGUUCACACCAAGGCAUCCAACCACGGCCACUAUGGGAAAGAGAAUCUUCGCAGUGGAGGCCAAGACAUGCACAACUUCAUCUCCUCUGGGUUUGUGACGCUUGGACGCGGCCACUUAAAAGCGCAGCACUCCAUAGACGAAUCGGGGCAGAUGUCCUGGCAGGGCGAUCUGGACAUCCCCAUCUCCUAUGGAAACCACCACCACGACUAUCAGCACAGCCACCUGGAUCUGACAGCGCUCACACCUAAACUAGCCCACAGACAAAUGAGAUACGAAAGACCCCAGCGGAUGAACAACAUCCUGACCUCAGCCACAGAGCCCUACGACGUGUCUCUCUCCAGAUCCUUCCAGAACCUCAGCCAUCUGCCGCCCUCCUACGAGCUAGCCCUCAAGCCUGACUUAAUUGAUCAGGAUGUUGAUGAGUACUACACAAGGAAGCAUCAUCAUCCUGACUUCGGCGGCCGGGGUCCGACCCACAUGGUAAAGCUGAAUGCCGAUCCUGUGCAGCACCAGCAGCACCAGCAGCACCAGCAACACCAGCAGCGGCAGCGGCCCCGCAGAGUCCAGAGGGCUAUGUCCCAAGACCACGUCCUGUCUCCUCCCAGGACACCGCGACGUGGAGACUAUGGCUUGUCUUCAUAUGGCGUCAUGGCAGCAGCUGCAUAUGGAAGCAGCAGACACCUCUCAGAGGAGCAGCUACUGUCAGCCGACCGCCUCCAUUCCCAGGAUCCCUUGCUGUCCCCGGCAAUGAGGCGUGACAAGUUCCGGGAGAAGGCAAUGGCACGUGCAAUGUCUCACGCCGACAUGCUGCUGCCAACCACACCUGUCAUGGACCGCCAUAAGAUGGCGAAGAUGCACUCUCAACCGAGUGCCUCUAAUGACUCCUACAACACGCUGACAGUCAACCACCAAGCGACCACGUCUAAGAGGCAGGCGUUUGCCUCCCGACGAACACACACAGUGGACCACCUACAGUACAUUCCCGGCCACCACCACACAUACCGCACUGCCAGUAAGAACGAGGUAACUGUUUAACCACUGAGCAGAAGGAUUCCUGUGACACACAACGGACAGUUAUCUUGUUAUAACAACCUCCUGCAUUAAACACGUCCUGCUUUUUAGCACAAGCUUCCUGUCAUCCAUAUUUUGGGUAACUAGAAUCAACCCUAGCAAAGACUUUUCUCUCUUAGAGCAUCAUAAGGGCUUUGAGUGUUGACACAGAAGGAUCCUUCAUGUCAGACAAGUGACAGUGUGAAGAAAAUAUUUUUUAAACUGGACCUCGGACUGGAAGGGAAUUGUAUCAACUUUAUAAAUAUAUCAAUAUAUUUACUCUUUGU